CUUAAAUGAGUGAGAGGCAGGGGGCAGAGAGGAGGAGGAGUGACAGAAUGAUAGAGUGAAUUAAUUCAACCUUAGCCAGCCCUGAUUGACUCGGCAACAAACCGGCAUGUACAAACACUCACAGUGACACCAAAGCCAUGGAGAGAGAAAAGAGGAAUGACAUGUCCUUCUCCAGAAAGAGAAGUUUUACUUUUGGGGCAUAUGGAGGUGAGGAUAGAUUCACAUGUGGGGAUGAGACAAGACCUGAAUCUGCAGAAGACAACAACCUACUGGGGAUCCUGGACUCUCCUGCCAGUGAGAGCAAGCCUUUCCUCUCUGCCAGCAACAACCAGAGGGACACAGAGCUGUUUGAAAUCAUUGAAAAGCUGCAGGGCAGCAGGAUCGAUGAGCAACGGUGUGAAUUCCCCCUGCCUCUGAAGUCUCAGCUUUUAACGAUAGGUGGAGAACUGCCGCUCAUUCUCCCUUCAGAGUCGGGGGGCUACUGGAUAGACCCCCCACUGGAGAGGCUUGUGGAUGUGAGUCCCACCUCCUCCCACUAUGGCCUCGAUCCGGAGAGCUACGACAUCAUGGAACGAGAUGGAGAGGCCAAAAUCUAUCACGAGUUCUUCCGCUCAAGGUACCAUCACUCGUUCACAGCAGUGGAUCCGUCCUUGGGACCGCUGGUUCUCUCUGUGUGUUUGGAGGAAGAGGAGAAUAAGCUACGGGUGAUACUAAGAAUGAAGGAGUGCUCUUUGCAUGGAGUUUUCUCUGUGUCUCUGUUCCCUAACAUCCCAUCUGCUGUUGAACUAGCAAAGAUGCUCUGUGACCGAGUGACUGUCUCAAAGUUUGAAGUGGUCAGCUACCUGAAGGCUCCAGAGCUCAUAACGGCAUUCGAUGAGCACAGAGUGUCUCCUAAUUUCAAGUUUGGUGUUUUGUACCAAAAGGAUGGGCAGUUCACAGAGGAGGACAUACUCAGUAACAAUGACGAAAGUGAAGAGUUUAAAGAGUUCCUGUCCAUUUUGGGAGAGACGAUUCAACUGCAAGGCUUCACCGGGUUCAGAGGAGGACUGGACGUCUGUCAUGGUCAGACAGGAAGUGAAGCAGUCUUCACUUCCUUUCAUGGAAGAGAAAUCAUGUUCCAUGUCGCAACUAAACUGCCUUUCACAGAGGGUGACCCACAGCAGAUCACUAAAACAGAUACUGACAAACCUUUUUCUCCUCAUCAUCAUCAUCAUCCCACACAGUUACAAAGAAAAAGACACAUUGGUAAUGACAUUGUAGCUUUGGUCUACCAGGAGGGUCAAACCCCUUUUCUAUGCGAUGUUAUCAAAUCACACUUCCUGCACUGUUUCCUGGUGGUCCGGAGGAUUCAGAGGGGGGAGGAGAAGGGUGGAGCUACAUACCAGGUGUCUGUCACAGCCAGAGAGGAUGUUCCUCCUUUUGGCCCGGUCAUCCCAGAUCCUCCAGUCUUCACAGAUCGUUCUCUCUUGAGAGAAUUCCUUCUGACCAAGCUCAUCAAUGCAGAGAUUUCCUGCUAUAAGGCUGAGCGCUUCAGCAGAUUAGAGCUGCGGACUCGGUCGUCGCUCCUGGAGAGCUUGCAGGCUGAACUCUCCACACGUUCCCAGUGCAUGAUGGGCGAUCCAUCACUGUCUGCUCUCCCCUCUUCUGAGGGUGUACGUGGGGCAUCUGAGGGGAGUGGAGGAUUCAUUGAAAACUUUAAGAGAGCCAUCAGAGUGCGGAGCCAGUCUUUUGAGACUCUUGGUGUACCCAGGAAGGCCGGUGGCAGUGCAUCACAGAAGCCAAAGACAGAGAAAGAUGGAGACAGUGACAAAGCUCCAGGACCUCUGCCUGCUCCCACUGACAGUUUGAGACCAGCUGAACUCAAAGAUCAAGCAGCAAGUCCACAAGAGGAGACAUAAAAAAAAUUAUUAAUUUGUAGACCUUAGACAUAAAUAUGCAUAUAGACAUUGCUAGCCUAUAUGGUGACUACUUUAUUAUCCAGGUGGAUGACGUCUAUGUAAAUAGAGUGUAAAAGUAAACAGUAUUUCUGAUAAUAUAUCUAUUUUACUGUCAUAGCAGUGAUAUUCUAGAUUAAUAAGAAUCUUUAAAAUGUAUUUCAGUGAAAUGUAUGACAUAUAAAACUGCCAGGAAAGGCUUGAAGAAAAUGAUGAGUUCACGGCUCUGUUAUUAAAUUUGACAAAUUUGA